AUGGCAGCAACACAUCUCUCAACUGCAAAACCAUUCCUCUCUUCCUCUUCAACACUAUCUUCUUUAUCUUCCCUAACAAAUACACCACUCCUAUUAUCUUGUCCACAACAAAAAUGUAAUGCCAAGAGACCAUUGAUGACUUUAUGCAAAGCUCUCAAUGAUGAGUCACUACCUGUAACCAAAAGAAGCUUGUCUAUUUGCUUCUUAACCAGCUUUGUAUUCUCGUUGGAAAGUAGAGGUAAUUCUAGAGCCAAUGCAGCUAUAUUAGAAGCUGAUGAGGAUGACGAGUUAAUGGAGAAAGUUAAGAGGGACAGAAAGAAGAGGUUAGAAAGACAAGGAGUUAUUAGUUCUGCUAACAAGGAAAAAGGAUAUUUGCAAGAUCUUGUGUACAAGCUGAGUAAAGUAGGGCAAGCCAUAGACAACAAUGAUCUAUCCACUGCUGGUUCGGUUCUUGGGGGUAGCACUGCUGCAGAUUGGGUUCAAAAGGCUAAUAUCGCCUUCACCAAGGUAAUCAUUGGAGAGGAUAAACUAUUCAAUACAACAUUAACGCUACAGUCAUUUAACGGACUUUGCAGACUAAAAGGUCAGAAAGAUGUGAUUGAGACAAAGCAGACUUAA